AUGGGUACAAUGCUGACAGUGUCAUCGAAUGCACGUUUUGAAAUUGGGACAUUUCACCCCGAAUGUAGUGAAAAACGAUCGGUAGCGGAAAAUUGCGGUACGAAAUAUUACAGUUGCGAUUCUGGUGAAUGUAUUCCACGUGAAAAAGCAUGUAAUCGAAAUUAUGACUGUACUGAUGGCAGUGACGAAAUGAAGUGCGAAUAUUUCCUUGCUGCUCAACGAGCACAUUCCAAAUCGACAAAUGCUGCCAAUGCUAACGUAAUCAGUAAAUUUGGCAAAAAUACAAGAAAUCAGGAAGAUGACCUGUACGACCAGAAAUCCGGUGUGCGCAACCGACAUAUUCCUUCAUUAUCUGACAAUGGAGACAGUUAUCCAUCAGGAAUCAGUAACAAAGGCUACGGAAACGAUCAUAGACAUUUUUCUGGUUACGGCAAGACGGGGCAAUUUAAUAAUGCUUAUGCUUGGACUGCUAACGGUAGAACCGGAUAUAAUCGAAAAAAGGCUGACGGAGAUCACAACAGAAAUAGAGAGAAGGGGAAUGAUAAGCAAAAUGUUUAUGUUUACAUUCCGCAUAAUGGCGGAGAUGAACAACGCCACAGUGUUGAUCAGUACAAAGAGCUAAACGGACGUAUUUCCGAAAUACAACAAGCGGAUCAUGCAGCACACCACGUGGAACAGUUAUCGUCAAAUGACCAAGAGCAAGGAUUAAAUUACGAGCCAAAUGACGUGCGGUCAUCAGCAGGAAGCGAAUCACUUGGUAGCCAUACUGAGAGGUUAUUCCUGCAUGGUGGCAUAAAAGACGGAAGCUAUCAUUCCGGAACUGUUUACGGUGAAACAGAAGCGAGAUAUGAGACAAAUCAGACAUCAUAUACUGAUCAAGAUAGUAAUGGGAUUGGUGAAAAGGAUGAGGAAGACAUAGAUGAAUGCUCUGAUCAGGAAUUCCGAUGUCCAUAUUUGACGAGAACACUUUGUGUUCAUUAUAUGAAAAUAUGCGACGGUAUUGAUGAUUGCGGCGAUGGUAGCGACGAGAUAAACUGUGCCGACGAUGAAACGACCGCGCCAACAAUCGACAGCGAAUCAUUCACGACAGCCAUUGCAGGAUGUGAACCGAAUCAGUUUCGGUGUGAAAACGGAAAAUGUAUUGCAAAAAUUGAUCGAUGCGACCGUAAAUAUGAUUGUGAUGAUGGGACCGAUGAAACUACCUGUGAAUAUUUCGUGCAAGCGCUGAAACAGUCGAGAACUACAACAAUACAACCGGACGAAAUUCCAGAAGUGAAGUCGAGUUAUACUGAAUCUGAAGAGCAGAAAUACAGCCAGAUAAAGAAAGAUGAGGAACGGCGAAUACAGGGAGGGGAACAGGAAAGGCUGAGAAAGGAGAAAGAACAGGAAGAGCGGCGAGGAGAGAGAUUGGGAGAGGAACAAGAAAGGGAACAGGAAAGAAGGCAAGAGGAGGAGAAACAAGGAGAGGGAAAGGAAAGAAUAAGGCAAGAAUAUUAUGAAAAGGAAAGGCAAAGACUGGAGAUUGAACAGCAAAAAGGGAAGGAAGAUGGACAGAAAGAGGAGUGGGAACGACAAGAACAGGAGAGAAAGAGACAAAAGAUGGAAAUAGAGAGACGAAGGGAUGAGGAAGAUGAGGAGCGUGUUCUUAGUAAGGAACGGGAGAGUUUUGAGGAGGAACAACAGCUAAGAUACAGGGAAGAUGAACAAGGACGAGAGGAAGAACGAAAGGAGGAAAGCUGGCGACGGUUGGAAGAGGACGAAAGAUAUGUGGAGGAAGAUCGUGAACGUUUGGAAGAAGAUCGCAGACGUUUGGAAGAAGAUCGCAGGUAUGAGGAGGAGGAUCGCAGGCAUGAGGAGGAGGAUCGCAGGCAUGUGGAAGAGGAUCGCAGGCAUGUGGAAGAGGAUCGCAGGCAUGUGGAGGAGGAAGAGCGCAGACGUUUGGAAGAAGAUCGCAGGUAUGAGGAGGAGGAUCGCAGGCAUGUGGAGGAGGAUCGCAGGCAUGUGGAGGAGGAAGAGCGCAGACGUUUGGAAGGAGAUCGCAGAUAUGAAGAGGAGGAUCGCGGGCAUGUAGAGGAAGAAGAUCGCAGGUAUGAGGAGGAGGAUCGCAGGCAUGUGGAGGAGGAAGAGCGCAGACGUUUGGAAGAAGAUAGCAGACGUUUGGAAGAAGAUCGCAGGUAUGGGGAGGAGGAUCGCAGGCAUGUGGAGGAGGAAGAUCGCAAACGUUUGGAAGGAGAUCGCAGAUAUGAGGAGGAGGAUCGUAAGCAUGUGGAGGAACCGAAGAGGGAAUUGGAAAAGAAAGAAAAAGAUGAAGAUGGAGAGAAACAUGAGAAACAUCAGAUGACUAUAGAAGGAGUCCGGAUUAGGGAAAGCAAGGAACGGCGCAGAUUAGAGUUAGAGAAUUACAAUCCGAGUACGGAAAAUGAGAUAGAUGAUGGGGGUUACACGGAUGCGAAUGCUCGUGAACGAUACGAAGUGGUUGGAGCGGGUGAAAUUUGCGCUCUUCAACAAUACCAAUGUGUUAGUGGUGAGUGCAUCGAAAUGGCUGCUCGUUGUGACGGAAAAGCGGAUUGUUCUGACGGUUCCGACGAGAUGCUCUGUCAUCCGGAACCACAAAAGCAGUCAAUUUCACAAACUCUGAAACCAAUCACAUAUUUUCUGCUUCAUUUCACUACUGUUACAUCAUAA